UGGGAUUCUCAGCGGGGUGUUAGACUAACACUUUUAGUGCUUCGAGAGCAUUUGUGAAAUUGCGGGCUGCUAUGAACCAUACACGUGAGAUUCUCACCUUUCAGUUUGGGACGUACGCGAACUACGUGGGCGCCCACUUCUGGAACCAGCAGGAGGCCAACUUCAAAUACGGUGACGAAAGCGACCAGGUGGCCGAGGAGCAGCUCCCUAACAAUGACAUUCUGUACCGCGAGGGGCUGAAUGCCCUCAACCGCACCACCUACACGCCGCGCCUGCUGUCCGUGGACCUGGUAGGAACCCUAGGCCACAUUCCAGUCAGCGGCGAACUUUAUGGCAACUUUGUGCAGCGGGACCACGAGCUGCUGCCCCUGGGCACCGGCGAGGAGCUGGAGCAGGCUCGCCAGCGGGUGGAGGAGGGCUCGGACUACGCCUCUCAGCAGCUGGAAGUGAAGGAGCAGCCUAAGGCCGCCAUUUCCGAGUACCAGCGGGAUCUGCUGAAGCAAUCCGUGUCUCCCGGCAAGGACUACCGGCUGGCGGAGACAGCAAACAGCUGGGCGGACUUCUUGUACGCCAGGUAUCAUCCGCGUACCAUGAACGUCCUGCCGGGAUUGGUCAGGGAUCCGAGUGUCCAGGCGCUGGGCACGUACUCCGCCGGUUCGGAGCUGUGGCAGGGUGUCGACUUCAACGACGAGUUCUGCGACCGCAUCCGUCUCUAUGUUGAGGAGUGCGACGGCCUGCAGGGCUUUCACGUGCUUUUCGACAUUGACGACGGCUUCGGCGGUCUGGCCGGGAAGUGUCUGGAGCACCUGAACGACGAGUACAGUCGGACGAGCUUCGCACUGCCCCUGCACUAUCCCCGGGCCACUAGUUAUGCCCAAGCAGAUCCUCGCCUGGCGCACGGCAUCCGGGUGGUGAACAGCGUGCUGAGCUACCACCACCUCAGCGAGCAGGCGACCAUGUUCACGCCACUAUCGACGCUGGAGAGCAUCUGGCGAAACAGCAACCUGAAGUCCCGCAGCCUGCCGGGAGUGCAGUGGCAGGCGGAUAAUCUCUACCAGACGUCGGCCCUGCUGGCAGCCUUCUUGGACACGGCCACCUUGGGCUACCGGCUGCGGCACACGCCAGAGUCCCUGCUUCGUUUCUGCGACCGCGUCACUCCUGCGGAUCGGAAGAUGACGGCCGCAGGACUGGCGCUGCCACUCGGACUGGGGCAGGGUCAGGAUCUGAUAGAGUUCCUGGACCAAAGCGGCGACCGUGCGCUGCUCACGCAACUCACGCCGGGCUGCGAACCAGGCACCGCCUAUGUGGUGCAGUCGGUGACGGCGCGGGGCAUUCCCGCAGAGCGCUUGAAGCGCCCCAGGGAGCAGGCCGGAAAGCAGCUGCGGAUGGCUGCGUACGGCUGCGACAGCGUCUCGCACAUGCUGCAACUGUACUACCAGUGCAGCUAUCACGGCAGUGUCACCAACGCGGCGGCCAGUCCUCUGCCGCUGCGGACGCAGCUGCCCUUUCCCUACGAGAUGUUCGGCGGCGGCAUCUCCGGCGAUGGCUUCCACUUGCCGGCGCAGGCGGAACGCGUGCCGGGCUCUCGAGUGGAUUCCGCACCUAUGCUGGCCGCCUUGCAGAACUCCACCAAGCUGGGCGAGCACCUGGACCAUCUGCACGCCCAGACACACCGCGUUCAGCUGGCCAAGUUGCAGGCGUACUCCACUAGCGGCUUGGAGCGGGAUGAGUACGACGCGGCGCUGGACCACCUGCUCGAGUUCCAUGAUCACUACGCGGACUCGCAGUAUCUGUAGGAUGUGGGAGGUCACCGCUCUAUGAGAGGGAGAAUUUGUGAUAAGCCCUAGGAUAGUACUCACGAUAAACGCUCGCGUUCAUUUGAAUACCAAGAAAAUCGCAACUAUUAUAAUGUUUUACUCUGCAAUUAAAUUAGAUGCUUGUUUGUACAAAUAAGAAUCUGGCGUUGUGUUUCAAAUCUAAUUCACGACCACAAUUUUGAAGUCUUAAAAACCGCAAACUUAUAUACAUUAAUUAAUUAUUUAUUUUUAAUAAUUUACAGUAUUUAAAUGCACUAACAGUUGAUUGUUUUUUGAGACCAUACACCCAUAAUUUGCAUUUGUCUGAAUAAAAACAAACAAAUUAAAAAAAACUCCA